UGUAGGUAGGAAAAGGAUGAGAGAAAGAAUAGAGAAAGAGUGGGAGGUAAGUUUUCAUAAACGAGAUGUGAAUAAGUCGUGAUAGCAGAUGGAACUUGUGUACACAUCUGUGGUGGUGUGUUGCAGCCGGUAGACAAAGCUACCUGACAAUCUAGAUACUAUAAAAGAACGUGUAAACGAAGUAGGAGGAAACCACGGGGCGUUUUGCCAAUACCCCUCAGCAGUUCUGAAGAGGGUGAAAUACUCCAAGAAGUUUAGCAUAUCCAUCAUUUUCUCUACCUCCAUCUCUCAUUACUAAACUUCUAAACUAAGAGGAGAAAGGAAAAAACAAUCACCGAACGAGAUAAUUGAAAGAACUACAGGGCAAAAAUGUCUGCCGGUUUUGUAUUCAGGUGUCUCGCCAUGUUCCUGCUUCUCGUGCUUGUAUUGAACCCAUUUGGAUGUGAUUCGUUACCUCGUCAACCGGAUUGGUCAGAUGAGGACCUGGCAAGAAAAUGGUGUCAAAUUCGUCGAGGGGAGCAGUGUUGUCGUGGACGAAAUGACGAGUGUACUGUGCCCAUGCAUGGCACUUUAUGCUACUGUGAUGAUUUCUGUAAUUCGACGGCUUUGGACUGCUGUCCAGAUUUCUGGUCAUUCUGCAUGGGCACUCGACCUCCUUGGGGAUAUUUUACUACCACUACCACCACCACACCGCGCACCGAUAUUCCGGACGAGCCUGGAUCAGGUGACAUCAAUCAAUGCUACAAGAAUGGUCGGUUUUACGAUGUUGGAGAGUCCGUCAAAGACAACUGCAACGAAUGUAUCUGCCAAGAUGAUCAUCCAUUCUCCGACCAUGUCUCAUGGUCAUGCACCAGUCAUGUCUGCUUGAUGCGGCGAGAUAUGGUUGAAACCGUCAACUAUGGUCAAUAUGGAUGGAAGGCCAGCAACUAUUCUUUCCUACAUGGUCUUACAUUGGCUGACGGAAUCAAAUACAGAUUGGGAACUUUCCAGCCCAGCAACCAAGUUUUCAGCAUGUCAGCGUUGAAAUCUCACCACGAAGAUAGUCUUCCAGAAUCAUUCGACUCGAGACAAAGAUGGCCAGGUCUCAUAUCUGACAUCAGGGACCAAGGUGACUGUGGUUCUUCUUGGGCCGUCUCUACUGCAGCUAUCGCUUCCGACAGACUUGCCAUUGGAUCCAACGGAAGACUAGUCCAAACAAUAUCCCCUCAACACCUACUUUCUUGCGUCGGAGGAUCAAAUAACAGCUGCGAAGGAGGCAACAUUGACCAGGCAUGGGGUUUCUUGCGAAGAUACGGUGGUGUCACGGAAGAUUGUUAUCCAUACCAAGCAAGGACAGAUCAAUGUACCAUUCCAAAACAAACCUCUCCUGAUAUAUGCCCAAGUGGUAGAGUCUUCAAAGAACACAUGAAAUUUAAGAUGACACCGCCAUAUCGUAUCCGAAAUGAUGAACACACGAUUAAGAAACAGAUUUAUGAAAAUGGACCAGUACAAGCUAUAUUCAAUGUGAAAGAAGACUUCUUUGUCUAUAGAUCCGGUGUCUAUCGUCAUGUCAACACGGUUUCAAACCUACCUCAAUCCUAUCAUCAAACUGGCUCUCACUCGAUUAGAAUAAUUGGAUGGGGUGUUGACUAUUCCAAUGGAUUCCGAACAAAAUACUGGCUCUGUGCCAAUUCUUGGGGACCCAACUGGGGAGAAAAAGGUUACUUCCGUAUUCUUCGAGGCGAAAAUGAAUGUAAUAUCGAGUCCUUCGUGAUUAGUGCUUGGCCCCACCUUCCACAAAGAAUUCAUCGUUAUCAGCUUGUACGUAAACGAAGAUCACUUGACGAAAAUACAGUAAAAGAAAUUCUUUUUGGAACGAGAAACAAGUAAAAAUGGUAAAAAUCGUUUCUACAGCACUGUUUACACUAGGAAACACUUCGAAAGGCUUUUUUUUUUUUUAAACAGAAAACCAAAGAAACACAAACCAUAACAUGACUCAUCCAUUGACGAGUUACCAUUCCCCUGCCCCACGGAACUGGAUUUCUUUGUAAUAUUUUAAGUUGACUCUUUCUAUCCCCUCUAUCUAUCUACAUGGUUAUCGCUUUUUAACUUUCACACUCAUUCUUUACGACCUUUUUUUCUGAGAAGCAUGGGGUGAGUUAGAUAAAUAUAACAUAAAAUCUUGAUUUUAUACAUACAUAUAUAUAUAUAUAUAUAUAUAUAUAUAUAUAUAUAUAUAUAUAUAUAUAUAUUGCAUAAUCGUUCAAGCUGAAGAUACAUAACGUCGAUGUUUUUCAUACUGAUCGAUCAUUCAGGUGACUAUAUACAUACAUAAAUUGUAUAUUUGUUUGAAGAAGCUGAAGAUAUACAACGUGGCUAUGUUUUUCGCCCUGCGCGAUCCUUCAGGUGACGAUUUACAUACAUACACACAUAUAUAUAUAUAUAUACAUGUAUAUAUAUAUAUAUAUAUAUACAUAUAUAUAUAUACAUAUAUAUAUAUAUAUAUAUAUAAAUAUGUGUAAGAAAAAGUUCUGAGGCGCAUUUUUAACUAAAACUGAGUGUUCCUAACAGUGAAACUGUUUCUAAAUGAAAUGACUGUACGUCAAACGUGCGUCACGUGUGUUUAUAUGAAGAAUUCUACAUAAUUGAUAUAAUGCAGACGGUUUAAUAAAUAAGAACAAAAAAUGGAAUAGUAAAAUUAGGGUGAAGAAAAAAUAUAAACAGUGCUACUACUCAAUAAAAAAAAAAUAGCCAAAAGUUUUUUCAAUGAAAUAAAUGAAUAUUUCAAAUAAUAAA